AUGUACAACCAUGUCCAUCACUGCCUGUCCAUAACUGGGACUGAGAAUAAAAAUGCUAGAACAGUACAUGCAAAGAGAGAAUGCACAAGUACAGACCAUAAAAGACUGAGCACACAAGGACAGAUUAGGCCAGAACAAAAUACACAAGAACUGAAUGCACAAAGAGAGCAUAAAGAAGAACAGAGUGCGGAAGUCACAACAGAAAAGAAUACUCAACAAGAUUUGUUUUCCGAUGAAGACAAUGAUGACAUGGAAGUUGAGUAUGCUGAAAGCGGUGACUCCGAAUAUGCUCAAAGUGGGAAAUCAGACUCUGAAAAUGAACCUUUAAGUAAAAUAGUUUCUAACAAGAAAACUUAG